AUGGAAUCCCCAACUAAAUCUGAGAAAUUCGUACAAGAAGACGUCGUUUGUAUGGAACGUGAUGGCUUACCAUUAGAAAUAUGGAAUGAUAUGAUACAACAUGAAAACUUGAUUUAUUAUUCAUUACUUUUUCUCAAUGGAUCGGUCCUCUGGGCGUAUUAUUCCUGUCUUAGUGCUCAAGAUUUCUAUAGUAGUCAAUUUCCCCAGUCAGGGCUCGAGUUUUCAUUUCUAACGACCCUUUGUACAUCUUGGCCAAUGGUGAUUGGUCAAGGUAUUCAAAUGGGGCUUGGGCUUGAUAAAAAGUUUACUUCACGUUUUCGUGUACAUAGCGGUUACUUUAUCUUUCUACUUAUGGCUCUCCUGAUUCUAAGUUUUAGUGCUAUGACAUUUACAAGUCAAAAGACUGGUGCUCUUCUGAUUCUCGUGUGUUUUGGAUGCAUUGGUAUUGGUAAUUCUCUCUCGGAAGCCACGUAUUAUACAAUUGCUGCUUUAUUUCCAAUUGAAAAAUUUACCAAUGGUGUACAAAUUGGUAAUUCCUGUGCUGGUAUUCUAAAUAUCACGGUAGCGACCGUCUUACGACUGGCAGUGGGAGGUGUGAAUCAGACAAGUACUUCGACAAGAUGGAGCUUUUAUCUCUUUUUUUAG